CUCCUUUUUUUUUUUUUUUUGAUCAACUCAACUUCUCCUCUUAUGGUUUGCAUUUUUGUUUUUGGGUUACAUUGGGGUCCAACGGGGUUCGAACGGGGUGUCAUGGGGAAGGGGGAAGCUACCGCCAGUGUGGUGGGAACCAUUGGCGUUUGCAUAUUUUAUUUGCUAUGAUGCUUGAUCAAACUAACAAAAAUAUAAAUUGUCAUGAAGGACAGAAAAGUUGCAGAGCACUGGAUUUACAAAAGGGAGGGGUUCAGAAAAGCAGACUUCCCAACACACUGCAGUUAUGGACCAGUAAUUGAAGAUGAGCCCUUCAAAUGGCAAGGUGUGAUCAUGGGGCCUUCAUAUUCUCCUUAUGAAGGAGGUGUCUUUUUUCUCUCCAUUGAUUUACCACAAGACUAUCCUACCAAACCUCCCACCAUCAAAUUUUUAACCAAGGUAUAUCAUCCAAACAUUGGUGAGGAUGGGACAAUUUACAUAGACAUUUUGGAAGAAGAUGAAUGGAACCCAGUCCAGACCAUUGAGAGCCUGCUGCUCUCCAUAUGCUCACUUCUUGAUGAUCCAAAUCCAAUGGACCCUCUCAAUCCAUGCUGCCUUCUCUUCCGAACAGACAAACAGAAAGCCAUUGAAAUAGCAAGGGACUGGACUAGGAAGUAUGCAAUGUCAGAUUAACUUCAAAUUAAUUUUGAAUGGCAUCCCUUGCCUUUAUUGACAUGCA